AUGGCUGAUACUGCCGAUCUCCCCGAGCGCAAGCCUCGCAAAUCCGUCGCGUUCUCCGAAGGCGCCACAAUUGUCGACAGCAACGGCGAAAUCACCGAGUCGAUAGAUAUCAACGGGGGUAAGUCUUCCGCCGAGAGCCACGCCUCAGGGGCGCCUCCGGCGGACGACAAGGAAGUCGAAGAGGUGACUGACAUGUUUGCGGACCUCGCGAAGAAGAAGAAGAAGAAGAAGUCGACCAAGAAGAAGGAGGGCGAGGAUGAGGACGCACCCGAAGGCGACUUCGCUGCGCUCAAGAAAAAGAAGAAGUCCAGCAAGAAGAAGGUCGAGGACGAUUUCGAGGCUAAGCUCGCCGCUGCUGGAGGUGACAAAGGCGAGGGUGAGGACGAAGAGGCCGCCGCGCCUGAACCCGAAGUUCAAGAGGGAGACAUGAUGAAGGGCACUGGCAUCUGGCAACACGAGUCGACAACCCCGAUCUCGUACAACCUCCUCCUCAACCGCUUCUUCACGCUUCUCCACUCGCAACAUCCUGACCUCGCGAGCUCAGGCACCAAGAGCUACAAGAUCCCGCCACCGCAGUGUCUCCGUGAAGGCAACAAGAAGACCAUCUUCGCCAACAUUGCUGAGAUUUGCAAGAGGAUGAAGCGUACCGAUGAGCACGUUACGCAGUUCCUGUUCGCUGAGUUGGGAACCAGCGGUUCCGUUGACGGAUCAAGACGUUUGGUGAUCAAGGGUCGCUUCCAGCAGAAGCAGAUUGAGAACGUGCUCAGGCGGUAUAUUGUCGAAUACGUUACUUGCAAGACGUGCCGUUCGCCUGACACCGAUCUCUCCAAGGGUGAGAACCGUCUCAACUUCGUCACGUGCAACAGCUGCGGAUCUCGACGAUCGGUCCAAGCCAUUAAGACUGGUUUCUCUGCGCAGAUUGGAAAGCGAAGGAGAAUGGUUGGUUAG